CGGGAAGCUCCCGGUAGAAGGCGCGUGCCCGCGGGAGGGGCCGCUAGAAAAUGGCGAGUCUGUGCAGAAGGCAGCAAUGUACGAUCGAGAGGCGCGGCUUUCGGCAGGAGCUUGACUCGUGGAGGCAUAAACUCAUUCACUGUGUAGGGUUUGAAAGCAUUUUGGAGGGGCUGUUUGGACCAGGACUCAUAAAAGAUCUUACCCUCUUUCAAGAUUGUGAGCCAGAGGGUGUGUCAGAUUGGUCGUUUAAUGAAAACUGUCUCUUUUGCUGCUUGAGACGUGAAAAAGUGAAGGAAAAUUUUGUUGGUUUGAACAACCAAGUGUUAUCAGAAGCGGACAGCUUCAAGCAAGAGCAGUCCAACAUUAACAAACUUGAGAGGCAAGCAGAGGAUUUCCUCAAUGUUGUCUUCUAUAGAAAGGCAGACCUCCCGAGAUUUACAGACCCCCACAUUCCUCUAGUGGCUCGUGAAAUCAUGCAGCGAAUGAUCCGACAGUUCGCUGCCGAAUAUACCUCAAAAACCAGCUCAACUCAGGACGUACCCCAACCCCAGUCCCAGCCCAACGGCACCAAGGACCAAAGCCUGCCGAAAGCGCCCUCGCUGGAGCCGGACGCCUCCACACCCGCUGCCUCCGCACAGAAUCCCGUCCUCAGCAAGCUUCUCAUGGCAGACCAGGACUCCCCACUGGACCUCACCAUCAAGAAACCAGAGACUGAACCCAGAGAACAAGAUGGAGUCCUUGACCUCUCAACUAAGAAAAACCACAGUCAUGGUAGUGUCUCACUGAAAAGCUCUCAAGGUUUCUCAAUCAUGCCCACAGUUAAGGGGCGUUCCCAGAGAGCUGAUCACAACUAUCGAGAUGAUGAUGAGGAUGGUUUGCCACUGAGAAGCUUGCAUGAUGGGAUUAGGGAGAACUGUAUUGGUUCUGAACCCCUCAAGCCACCCUUGGUCCGCUCGCUCCUCAUAAAAGAGGAACUCCUGAGUCAAAAACAUCGCCUCCUUGGCCAACCUCUAUCUUUGGCUAGCUUAGAGUCUGCGGGUCUUCUCAACAGCCAAGCCCAAUCCAUCCUUUCCCGCGAUGGGACAUGGGGGAAAUCCCAUCUAGAUGGCCUCCUGAAGCUCAAACAAGUUAGCGGCGACCUCAACGACCUGCCUCUUUUCCAGGAGAACCAAGGCUUGUUCACCAAGGGUACAAAGUCCCAUGAUAGUGGUUCCAUCACAGUAAAGAAAGAACCCGGACAUUCCCCUCCAGUGGACUUGAAAAUCCCGCAAGUCAGAGGCAUGGAUCUGUCUUGGGACUCCCAUGGGAAUUCCUCGGAUCUCUACACUUAUAGCUCUAUAGUUUUGGGCAAUGUGCACUCUGAGAAUGCGCUCAGUCGGAAGCUGAGGGCUAUCUUGCCAAAGCAGAGUCGCAGGGCCGCUCUCGGAGGUCUUCUCGAUGGAGGAGCCGUGGGCGAGUACUGGGGUGCAGACCUCGAACAGCCAACUUUGGGACCUCAGUACCCAACUUCAGAUCCAGAGGCAGACCCGACCGGCUCCAAGCAACCCAGAAAGAAAAGGGGACGGUAUCGUCAGUACAACAGCGAGAUUCUAGAAGAAGCCAUUGCUGUGGUGAUGAGUGGGAAGAUGAGCGUUUCGAAGGCGCAGAACAUCUAUGGUAUUCCCCACAGUACCUUGGAGUACAAGGUGAAAGAGCGGUUGGGCACCCUGAAGAACCCACCAAAGAAAAAGCUUAAACUGAUGAUGAGGGCAGAGGGACAGGACUCUGGGAUCACCGCCGAAACCGAAUCCACAUCGACGCCCGCCACUACACCCAUCGCAAUGCAAGUGGAUGUCUUGCAGGAGACAGGAGAAAAAGUCGAGUAGAUAACACAUAACACCUCAUAAAACGGAAAACGUUUUAAAUUCUGACAUUUAAAAAACUAAAAUGAUUUGGAAUUGAGGAUGGGGCUUUAAUUGUGCCAAUUUAUACUUGCAGUAUCUGGGUGAGCACAACUGCAGGGAUUCAUGGGAGGAUUUAAGCCUGAUAACUUGGGAUAAGAAAAAAAAUUGGCAGUUAUCACAGUGGUCGCAUUGACACUGCAAACAUUUGCUGAAGUUUUUUACAACAUAAAGCAACAAAUGCGUACUAAAGCCAUAAGAGAGUAUCGACAGAGACAUUUUAUUAAAAAAGAAAAGCAAGCAGAUUAACCCUUUGUUUGGCCCUUCAGCUGAACUUUGUGAGCUGCGCCAUUAGUAUUGGACGGCAUGCCAUUUAGAGAAACAAGAAGCGGGUUUCAAGGGUUACGUGCAAGGCUGGAAAUUGACCCUUCAAGGAUGAAUUUAUCUCCUCUGAUUAGUAGGUUUAUGAUAUAAUUCAUGAUCUUUAAAACUAAUUUAUUUCAAAUGGAGUUGGAUUCUCACCAGGGAUCGAUCCUAGGCCCGUUUUUCUAUUAACAGGUAAAAACUAUUUCUUUCAGCUCUUUGUAGUUUCCUCCUUUUAUAUUCUGAAACAGACUAAGAAUUAGACACGUCCAUUUAAAAAAAAAAAAUGAAGCUUAAGAUUAGUCAUUCAGGGAUGCAUGUUUGUGAUGUUGAAAAGAUUAUUAUUAUUAUUUUAUUUUAUUUUAUUUACUUUACUGUAACUAAACUUUUCUUUAACUCUAGCGCUUUCUUUUGCACUACACUUGCAGUCUGGCGCUCGCCAGAGCCUAAAUCUGGCAAUUAGACCUGAUUACCUCAACACUGCUUGCAUUACGCACUUACUGUUCUGUCUGGCAUACUACAUAAUACUCAUUUUACAGUACUCUACUAUUUAACAUUUCAACACCCACGAAGGAACAAUGCCAACUUAAGCCACACAGGACAGGAACGUGUUUCAGAUUCUCAUCUUUCUACUAAAAUUAAUCGAGGGAGGGUGCAUGCAGUCCACUUUUGGCUGAUUCUGGCUGCUCCCUCGUCGCUGCUUACAGUCAGUCACUUACAUAUAUUUAUAAAAAGAAGAGCAUUUUCGCAGAGGGUUGGUUUUGGGGAACAUAGGUGGGGGGAAAUGUAGGUAGGGUUAUAACCAUAUAACCCUGUUAUAUUAUAAAUUAGCAUUCUUUCAGAGAGCCAAUUCUUGUCUCUGAAUAGUUUAUUUUCCUCGUGUAAAACUCAGGGCUACUGAGACAAAUAUAGCGAUCAUGUUUUUAGAGAAACAAUGCAUAUUACCUACUUGAACUGGAACCUUUGACACAAUUCUUAGUCAUUGAGUUGGGUCAGGGGCAGGGCUUUAUACCAGGCAUAGGUUGGGUCAAGCUGAGCCAUGAAUUGGAGAUAUCAGUGGGAUGUUAUUGGAAACACCUGGCCAGUUGGGAAUUUUCUGAGAUCUCUCUGAAAAUAGCACUUUGUAUAAAAAUAAAAGUGAAUAUGUUUGGGUGUGUUUUAAAGUAGCUUUUGCAGUAGCAGAUAGCAUAAAGGAGACUUGCAAGAUCAAAGGGGGAGCAUUUCAAUGACCCCCGGCGUCCUGCAGCUCAGACCCAAACAUGCUCAUUUCGUUUUGAAAAAAUUACCUCUUCAAUAUACAGUGGUCGACAGCUUAAAUUCUCAGAUUUGACUAGUGUUGCCUCACUGUUUAUUGUCACAUUGCCCCUUUUUCAAAUCUAAACUGUGUAGUCUGAUGUAUAUAAACCCGAAAAAGAUCAUAGAUCUGUGAAGAUUUCAAAGAGAAGGCUUUUGGAAUGGCAUGCUCCACUUUGAUGUUGUUUUGAAGGGCAUUCUGGUAUAUAUCACUGCCUGGUGCUCACCCAGUCUGUGAAAAAAAAUUAUACUUCAAACUUCAGGGUUUCUGAUGAUGAAACUGACUCUUUUAAAUGUACCUUUUAUUUAUUUCAUUAUUUAAUUUGAAUCAUUUAAGUAAAUGGCAUGCACCAGUUAAGUGGACGCUGAUUUACUAUUUAUAAUCUGACACUUGGUGGCGGGGUUGGCAUCAAAGUAGACAACCGGGGACACUGUCCUGGGCUCACCUUUAUAAUAUUAGACCUAGUGAAAUCAAGUAAUUUUAGUAAUUUCCCACAUUAUAUUAGGCUUGAGUAUAUUGUAUAUAUUUCCUACAGUGCGAUACUUGUAAGUCAUUUUAAUUAUUGUUUUGCUAGCUUUGUUUAAUGUAGUUGCAUUGCAGUUAUAGCCAUGUGUGAAGACACUACUGAAAUUAAUAUAAAUCAGAGUAUUUUAAUCAAUACAACAUACAAUAGUAAACCACUGAUGUAACAUAUUUGGUUCAGUUUAUAAGUUGAUCACAUGCUACUGUACUUCUACAAGAAGCAAGUCAAAAUAAAUAACUAUGUAUAAAGAGUUAUAACUAAUUUAGAAAAUAUUCAUACUUAUAAGCUCUACUGUGUAAAUCGCUUUAGGUCAUCUGGCAUCAAAUGCACCAACACUUUACCAAUGCUGAAGUGUCUAAUUAGAAAUUAGUUAGGUUCUUUAUCAAUCAAUCAGUCAAUAAGAUUUAUUUAUUAAUCAAACGUGAUGUAAAAUACCACUCAUUUUGAUUGACUUUUUCAAUUUAAACAUUUCUUAACCAGUAAUUUUGCCUUGUUUUACAGUAAAAAUAUCUUAAGAUGCAUAAGUCAAGAUACGUUUUCUUGGUUUCUUAGAAAAUUUGAAACCCUUGAAUUACAUUUUUCUUACCAUUAUUUUUAAUUUGGCAAAUUUACGUUUCUCGUUUUAAGAAUACGUUUAGUUGGAUUCUCCAAUAAAAUUACUUUAAUGUUUACUGUUAAACAAAAGAUAAAAUAUUAGUUUGAAGUGCAACUAGUAAAUUAGUAGUAGACCUAGUAGAAUUGAAUAUUUUCCCCUAUAAUUGGCACUUAAAAAUGAUUGCACUGAUGGCAAUGACUGGAAGUUGUUUUGCAGCACUUAAAUCUAACCGUUUCAAACGAUCACUUCUUUAUUUGCUAAUCUAGAAAGUUUUGAACUUUCACAAAGCUACUGUACAUUCUUCAACCUUUAUUUAUCAUCAGCUGUCUGAUUCACUAUGGUGCAUGCCAUUUCAACAUAUUUAUUUAAUUUGACUUUGAUGAUUAAUGUAUUACAGGGUUAACGGCUCCCCCUGUCCAAAACAUCCUCCUCUUGAAGAAGUUAUACUGUCUUUACUCAAAUGAAUGUAAACCAUUACGAAUAACUUUUAACUAGUUGUUUAGAAAAUGUCACUUUCACAUUUCAUACUUUGAACAGACGUUUUAGUUUUUCUCUUGCUGCUCUCAUUUAAAUUAUUGUUUGCGUUUCUCUGAAACGUACACUGUAGCCUUCAGUACUUUCUUAUCUCAGGAUAGAUUCAGCAGAAGGGUUUGCAAUAUUUGUCAGUCGGAUAACGAUGCAGACAUAACUACCUGUACAAGAUGUGCAUAUACAUGUUAUAUUAACUACAGUCUUUGCACAAUAUACCUCAUCCUUGGGAAUAAACGCACCUUUCUGUGCCACAUCCUUAAAUACCAUUCAGGGGCACGUGGAAAAGGAGCAGUUGAAACUCUGGGAAAUUAUUUUCGUUUUCCUAUUUCACCCUCUUUUUUUGUCGUCUAUGAGAGGGAUGGCAAGCGAGGCAUUUCAUGUGUCUGACUGACCAAUAUUUACACCCUUUUCAUUCAGGUACAGAAAAUCGAACUUUUUGAAUACAAUCAAAAGUUUCGCUUAACAUUAUUCUCAUCUUGCCAAUAACAGGUCCCAUCCUUUAAGUUAACUUUUAACAUUGAUCAUCAAGGCAAAUAUCAGAGGAUACUGUAGUACAAUACCUUCAAUCCCUGUACUCUGAAAUAUGAUUUAACCGUCAUUGGUGUUUUUGUGAAAAACACUAAUGGAGGUUUUGAAGGGGAGAAUAUGGGACAGGUGGAAAUGUUAACCUUCUGUUGUUUCUGUGCUCUCUGUAAACUUGUUUUUAAACUGCAUUCCAAAAAUUUCAAGAGAUACCUUUAUAUGGAAGAAAAAUCUAUACAUAUACAAAUGAAUAUAUAUUAUAUUUAUUUUACAGUUUAUGUUUUUAUUUGUCUUUUUCUCGUUGAAAUUGAAAUGCUACACUAAGAAAUGAUGGGAAAACGACGCUGACAGCUACAACCUCAGUUUCUGUACCAUAUGAAGUGCCAUUUGUUUGUCUCAAGUGGCUCAUAAUGAUUUACUUUCUGAAAAGAUGCUCAGAAAGCCCUUUUUGUUUCCCUUUUAUGACUUUCACUGCAUAUCCACAUAACGGCAUUACCUCAGGUGAGAUCUCCCAGAGCAGCUGAUUCUACAUUUACUUGUAGAAAUCAGGACCUGUACUUGACUUUUACACGUUUCCAAAAACGCAACUAUUACUCUUCAAGGAAGCAGUUUAUAAAUGACGCUAUUCGCAUUUUUGUUUUCCUUCUGUGAUUUUUUUUUUUCUAAUAUUAAUGCUUUGCUUAACUGAACCACGGGUCUCUUUUUGAAUGCAACUUUAUUGAAGUUAGCACACAAAAGUUCAAAUCAGUAGGGCACACAUUUGUACAUCACAAUUAAUACACACUCCAUACCCUCACAUGUACACAAAACACCAUCAGGUCUUCAUCAUGUGGGUGGUUAUACAGUUUUAGGCUAAUGGUUUGAUAUCUUAAUGAGAAAGAAACAGAAAAGGCAUAUAUGGACACAUUCCAAAUUAGCUGUCUUUAUUAUUAUUUCAGCUGAUGUCUCUUUUCAAUGGCAUUUAGAUACAUAUUGUUUUGUGACUGUCAACCAACCCCCCUCCCCCCACCAUGAAUAGGCACACCUUUAUUUGACAGAAAACAUCUUUGAAAUUGGGAGAAACAAAUUGUCGGCAAACACUGUAGUCCAAUUCAACUGUGGAUAUCCAUCGUACUGUAAAUCUAUGCACCGGAGAGGGUCAAGUUACUUCCACCAUUAACUGUUUUCGGAGUUUGUGAUAAUGUUAAGUAGUUUUAGAGGCCGUAUGGCUUAAAAUAGCUGUUGUCAUGGUACAACUUGCAGCACACACCAUGGUAAAAGACAUGUUUUGAAUGUAACCUUCUAGAGAAACAUGUCUCAGAGAAAACUGAUGGAAUAUGCACAGACAGUAGCUCAGAAUAGAAUACACUCCGAUAUAUGUGUUUACUAUGAUUCUGUGUACUUGAUGCUUUUCAUUAGAAUAUCGCUGUCAUCCGUAGUGCCUGUUUUGCAGUGUUCAGUCGUCACCGAUAGUUCAAUAAUUCCAUUCGAUCAUCAAAUAUUAAUAAUUUUUGUUAACUAAUUAAUUUAAACGAUAAUGGGCCAAUAAUACCUGCCGAUAAUGGGUAACAACAAUCUAAAAUCAUUAACCAAGGCAACUUACAAUCUAUAUGUUAUUUUUAUUAAAUUUAAUCAAAUGUCAUAUUGAUUGCUUUAAUGCAAUUAAAUAAAAAUAAAUACAUGUCUUAUAUAGAUAGAUCGAUAGAUAGAUAUUGAAUUGUUUUAAACACAUUUGUCCAGCAAAUAGAUAACUACACCCCCCAACACACUAUUGGUUUAGCCAAUAAUGCUAUGCUAGGUUUGGGUGCAUUUCCCAAAAGCAUCGUUAGCCAACUAGGGAUGACAAUUCAGUUGAACUCUGUUGGUAAUGACAGGACUUGAUAGAAAUGCACCUGUAGACAGGAUGCUUAAACAAGUAUUGGUGCGUUUCCUGUAAAAUGAUGUAACUCGCUGCUUAACCACCAUAAUAUGAUGCAUCAUUGUAAUAACUAACUAGGUAGUCACGACUGUUUCCCAAACAUAGUCACAUCUCCGUCGUUUGAACCACGUUGGUUCAACAAUAUAGACCGUUGUUAAGGGAACACUCCACUUUUUUUUUAAAUGGGCUCAUUUUCCAACUCCCCUAGAGUUAACCGUUUUCGAAUCCAUUCAGCCAAUGUCCGGAUCUGGUGGUAGCACUUUUAGCUUAGUUUAGCAUAGAUCGUUAAAUCUGGUUUGACCAUUAGCAUCUCGCUCAAAAAAAAGACAGACGUAAUAUGAAAAGUUGUGAUUUUCUAGGCCUAUAUGUCUAGGAACUAGAGUAUAGAGAGUAUAGUUCCUAACCAUUUGGCCUAGAUAAUCGCAACUUUUCAUUUUCCGUCAGUUUUCGUACAUGAUGUAACUACAGAAGAGUCAAGUUUUAAAUAGGAAAACUAUGGAAACUCUUUGGUCAUUUUUGAGUGAGAUGCUAAUGGUUUAAUCCGAUUCAAUGAUCUAUGCCAAGCUAAAAUUGCUACUGCCAGACCCGGAGAUCGGCUGAAUGGAUUAAAAAAUGGUAAAACACAACUCUAGGGGAGUUCGAAAAUGAGCCUAUUUUUUUUAGUGGAGUGUUCCUUUAAUGCAAAUACAUACAUGUGGCGACGUAAUAGCUUCUGUUAAUUCAUAGAUUUGAGAUCUCUGAGAUGCUGUUGUAUUGAACAUGGCAUCGAAUGUCUACUUCACUAUUUUUUCGAUUCAUUCCUGGUUCCCUCUUAUGUUCAAACCACAGAUAGAGAGCUGUAUUUCACACCACAUAAGUUUGCUGUUUGUGAAUGCUUGUUUGAACUUUGGUUUCAGAAAACACUGAAUUGUUGAACUAUGUUGGUAAUGACAGAACAUGCAACCAUAGUGGCCUAACAUCGCUGUCGGAAACGCACGACUGAUCAUUUAACAGUAUUUAUGCUUUUUAGGGGAAUCAAACAACUAACUAAACAACUGUUAACAAAAAGUUAUUUUCUAGUCAACAUCAAAAAACAGGGACAACAUAAAGAAUUUGAAUAUCAAUAAAAUUACACACUUCCUUCAAAAGGUAAACUGUGAAUUAUAUGGAACAGAGCCAUGGAAAUUCAACACCAGAACGCUACCUCUACUAAAAUGAAAUAUUAACAUGGCUGACAAUGAUGACUUCAUUCUUAAGAGGUUCAAUGCUAGCUCAGUGAGAGGUCAAAUAGAGCUGUGAAAACGCAAAUGAAAGUAGAAAGAAGAAAAUGGACUUGAUCAAAUGGCCAACAUUCUUCUAGAGAUCUUGAGAGCUUUGGGCCAUGAAAGGGCUGCCCUUGUGAUGCCAUGACAAUCUUGCAAGAUCAUUCACAAGUAAAGGUGUGUCUAUUCUAAUUAUGCUUUUAUUAAAGCAAAACCCACAUUCUUUUCCUGUUUUUUUAUUUUAUACCAGUAUUUUAUGUAAUUUCUACCAUUGAAAUGGAGACCUAGUUUGUGUUAAUUUGAUUUUGUUGCAAAUUUGCCGAGACAGAAAUGAGGAGAAUAUUGGUUUGAAAAUGUGUGGGGAGUUACAAUGUUUCUGCCAUUUGUCCUUGUACUAUGCUGGAAUUGCAUGGUAUUUCAUGCCUGAAUCUGCUCUUGACCAUUAACUUCAUCCAUGACUGUUUCAACCCUGCAGUCCAUUGAGUUCUGUGGGAUUAGGAUUAUUAGUUUUGCUACCUCAACGUUCAGAUGGUUUUGACAUAGGAGCCCUUUGGUAGUAAAGCAAAAAUGACUUGUAUCUUGAGGGACUGACUGUCCCUACAGGUUUUGUCGAUCAGGUUGUGGAAACAUAUUGGUGGUUUGAUCGGCUUACGUGCUGUACCGUAUGUAGCAUUUCAGAUGCACGGAUAACACUGGCUUGUCAUUCCCAAAGUCGCAGUCCCAUUCUGUCGGAAAGCAGUUAUACAUACUGCAUGCACAUGUGUGUAUCUAAUAAUUCACAUUUUUGAUAGAGGUAAUGACUUUUUGGGACCAGAAGUUCCCAAGUUAUGCAUUCCAUCUGCUUUUAGGACCAGUGUUUGGGAAGAAUCAGGUUGACCGAUCACCUCUAAGGUUUGAAACGCGUUAUGUGUAUUUCCUCAAGAAUCUAGUAUAGUCAUGCCACACCAUAUUAGUUUGUGCCCUUGAAAUUCAAGCCAAAUGCAGUCUGUGGGCAGUAUCUUUGUUUGCGAGAAAUGCAAUUGGUCGCAUUUGCAUUAAUUUGCAUACCUUAAAGGUGCGCAUCUUAUCCCUCGACGGGGUGCUGUGCUUAAACUUUUUGUGGGUUUUUCCAUGUGUGGAGUCGUAAGUUUUAUGGAGCAAAAAUGCCUUUGGCUAUCUGUUCAGCUUGUGUUCAUAUUUUCAAAAUACUUUUUUAAAGUUUCGUAAGAAUUCUCAGAGUAGAGUCUUAACGUUGUAUAGGUUUGGCGUUCAGUGUAGUAUGAUGAUCGGAUCCCUUCUCCCGUACCCCCUCAGGUUAAUGCAUGAGAGUGGAAUGAUUAGGCUCGGCUAAAGAUUGAUACCUUUUCUAUAUUUCUUAAUACUAUUGAUAUUGUGAAUACUUUAAAAAACGCUUGCCUUUAGUUUCCAUUUUAUUUUCGCCCAUAAUUCAAAAUCCCACCAGUAAAGUUGUCCAAAAAAAAAAAAAAAAAAAAAAACAUUUUUGGUGAUUUUAUUUUGCAAUAUUAAGCUAUGAGUGUGAAAACGACUGAAGCAAGGCAAUACUUGUGAUUUAAAGGGAUACUCCACCCCAAAAUGAAAAUUUUGUCAUUGAUCAUUUACCCCCAUGUCGUUCCAAACCCGUAAAAGCUUUGUUUCGUCUUAGGGGCACAAUUUAAGAUAUUUUGGAUGAAAACCGGGAGGCUUGUGGCUGUCCCAUAGACUAACGACAAGUAAGUUACACUGUCAAGGUCCAGUAAAGUAUAAAAGACAUUGUCAGAAUAGUCCAUCUGCCAUCAGUGGUUCAACCGUAACAUUACGAAGCAGCAAAAAUACUUUUUGUAAGCAAAGAAAAUAAAAAUAACAACUUAACGACACGUUUCUAUGUGUAUUUAGCUUUUAUUUGAAAGAAAACAGUGCAUCCUUGUGGCGCAGCUGAUACAUAAGAGCAUACGCAGCAUAUGGUGAUAUGGAGAGACACAGGGAAGAUUGUUGACAAAGUAGUUAUUUUUGUUUUCUUCACUUACAAAAAGCAUUCUCGUCGCUUCAUAGCUAUGGGACAAUCACAGGCUUCCCAGUUUUCAUCGAGAAUAUCUUAAAUUGUGUUCCAAAAACAAACAAAGAUUUUACGGGUUUGGAACAACAUGGGGGUAAGUGAUUAACGAGGGGUGGAGUAUUCUUUUAAGUCAAGUCCCCUUGACUUGAGAAAAGUAAGUUUUUUCGUCACAGGUCCAAGAAAGCAGGGUGCCCAACAGCCGGACAACUCAACUGCAUGUCCUUAUCAGACCGCCUUUUGCAUUUAAAAAGAUUCAGCCAAAUAUCCUUAGUUCAUUGCUUUAUAAACGGCGAGGAUUGUAAAGUACGAAUUUCCUGAAAAAACAUAAACGCACUAAGUUGAGACCCACAAGGCCACAAAGACUAUUUAUUUUGUUUCUGUUGUCUGUACACUAUGUGAUGUUACAACCUAAAGAAAAAAACCUUACAACACAGAAUACCUCAGAUAAUAAAUCCAUGUAAAUCUUGACAGCCUCCACGUGUAGAUAGAAGCCUGUUCACUGCCUCACCACCUCUCAUGUCUGUCGGACGCCUCUUCUCUCAUUUCACUGCCCGUUAUAUGUUGUGGAGGUAUCAUUCAUUUCUUUUCAUGUUUGUUUUGUAGUCCCAGGAACAAAGUAACCAUUACUUCAUUAAUCGUUCCUCUGUGCUUGACGUUUAGCGGCGUUCACUCUGAAUUCCAAUGAGAGUUGGGGAUUUGAGGUGACUUGAGCGUCAGACUGUUGUUGAUGCAACAAAAUUGAGCUAACUUUAUGCAAAUGCAUAGUGAUGCGGUGACAACCAAUGGGAGUCUAGAAUGUGAUUUGUCACCUGAUUCAUUUGGAUAUUGUGGUUGAGUAGAAACGUCUUCUAGCAACCAACAGUAGAGCAACUUUGUGACCUCCAGUUCUUAUCGAAGACUGUGUGAAUGGCGUUUUAGGAAGGGAAGACAUUGCCUCAGUAGUAGAUGCUUAUUUUUACAGUCCAUUUCAAAGUAACACUGUAGUUACCAAAUCAAGUAGUAUGUUUCUAAUUGAAUAUUUUGGUCUAUUACCAUAAAUUAAGUUGCAGCUCCAAGUUUGGCCAUUGAAAACUCGUUUUUUAAAUGAAAAGGUGGGCUUUGUCUUUUUUAGAGGUAGUUUGUUGAGCAUAAGCCAUAGUUCACUCAUUUGUCCAACGUAAUUUCAUCAUUCAUUGUCAUUAUCAGCUAAACUGAAUGUAGGGGGAAAAAGAAUAAAAAAAAAAUGAAACUCUUAACACAGAAACUAACUUUUUAUGUAACUAUACAUACUUUAGGACAAGCUAUAGAUUAUUAUAUUAAUGUGUUCUUAUAUAUAUAUAUAUACACUCAAAAGUCACAGUGCAUUGUAUAUAAUGUUCUGUAUAGUUAUAUACUUCUGGAAAGAGAUGUUUAUCUCUUCCUCGUUUGAUUCAGGGAACAAACAUUUCAGUGCAGUAUAUUUAGACUCCUGUAUACGGCAUUUGUAUAGUUCGUUUUCAUUUGCUCACUUUUAUCGUCCACAUAUUGGAAGUUAGUCUUGAAGUAGGCUAAACAAAGAAUAAAUUACGUUAUUGUAAGGCAUCUACCGCUGCAGUGGUGCAGACCGUUUUUCCACAAUACUGUACAAACGAAAAUAUAUAUCAAGAAGUACAAACUUUUUAAGGUGGAUGUGUAUAUAGUCUCGUACCCAUUCCGCAAUUGUAUUUUAUUUUACCCUUUUAGUUGAACACCAUUUUACGUGAUUUGAAAGUAUUUAUUGCGACAUCAGUCGGUGAUGUAAAUUAAUUUUCCCCGUGAAAAAA